CCUGGCUACUUCGACAUCCAGGCUGAGAACCUGGGCAUCUGGCAUGUGCCCAACAAUAGCCCCCUGGAAAAUUGGAGGAAUAGCUCCCUGUUGCGGUAUCGCACUUUUACUGGUUCCCUUCAACUCCUGGGCCAUAAUCUGUUUGGCCUAUACCAGAUGUACCCAGUGAAAUAUGGAAUAGGGAAGUGUUGGACUGACAAUGGCCCAGCAUUACCUGUGCGCUAUGACUUUGGUGAUGCACAGAAGACAGCAUCUUAUUACUCCCCCAGUGGCCAGAAUGAAUUCACUGCAGGUUACAUCCAAUUCAGAGUGUUUAAUAAUGAGAGAGCAGCCAACGCCUUGUGUGCCGGGGUGAAGGUCACUGGAUGUAACACUGAGCAUCACUGCAUUGGUGGAGGAGGAUUCUUCCCAGAAGGCAACCCCAUGCAGUGUGGUGACUUCUCUUCAUUUGAUUGGAAUGGAUACGGAACUCACACUUGGUUCAGCAAUAGCCGGGAGAUAACUGAAGCAGCUGUACUUCUGUUCUAUCGUUGA